AUGUCUCAUCAUCGCGCAGAUGCAAGUGCUCUUCUCGAUACUCGUGGCUAUUCAGGCCCCCUGAUUCGCGGCGUGAACCCAGCAACACUCUUCGAGAAAGCAGUUCGAGAUCGAAUAACGGACUCCUACUACUGGAAAGAGCAGUGUUUCGGACUGAAUGCGGCGACUCUUUGUGACAGAGCGGUAGAGUUAACUUAUAUCGGCGGCACCUACGGCGUGGGCCAGAAGCCAACUCCUUUCCUCUGCCUUGCUUUCAAGCUCCUCCAACUUGCGCCAGAGAAAGAAGUGAUAUUGGAAUAUUUGAAUUUCCACGAUCCAGAAGCAGAUGAGGAGGAUUUGAAGGUUAGGGGGGAUAGCACGGACGCAGAUGGAGGUGCAGGGGAUGCACAGGACAGAGCUGAUGCAGCAAUACUAAAAGCUACGGGGGAUUUCAAAUACCUGCGCGCGCUAGCAGCGUUUUAUAUACGACUUACUUUCGAGCCGGUGGAGAUAUAUAAAACGCUGGAACCACUUUUGACGGACUAUAGGAAGCUGAAGAGGCGCACCAAGGAAGGCUUCUUGCUAACCUACAUGGACCAGUUUGUUGACGACCUACUCACUAAAGAUCGCGUGUGCGGAACUAGUUUAUGGAAGAUACCAACGAGAACCAUAUUGGAAGAUUUGGAUAUGCUCGACGAACGGAUCAGCCCUUUGAAUGAUGAGCUGGAAGAUCUAGAUGAAGAAAGUGAAAAGGAAGACAACAAGGAGGAAGGGGAGAAUGGCGAAGAAGAGGCCGCCAGUCCGUGAUUUAUCAGAGGCCCUUGAAACAUAAAAAAUAUGUUUAGAUAUUGCAAUAAGUCUAUCUAGCCAAAGCUCUGUCCGGCGAGACCGUGAUGCAGAUUGGAGCAACUUCCGAGUUAUACUACGGGGAUUCUGAGUUAUACUACGACAAUCCCCGUAACAUGGCGAUUUUCAAAUGCGCCACCAGACUUAUUGCAGCGUGACAUAGAGCGGUCGCAGACUCUAAACCCAAUGUGUGUGUGUGUGUGUGUGU